AUGGAGUUAGCUACUUUGGCUAAUCAGCCAAAUAGCAAUAAUCAACAGCAAUUACAAAUGCAGUCAUCAAAUUCAGCUGCUACAGAAUCGCAAAACUUUGAUGGUUGUUUACAGAAUCAAACAUCGCAGACGAUUUCGGUGACGAACAAUACAUUACCUUCACCUCUGACUGUACCUUCUACGGAAGUGGUAACAACGUUUGCUAAUGAUAGCAGCACUAAUGUUAAUGAUAGAAAUAUGAGUGAAGAAGGUUAUCAGAAUUCAGGAAAAAGUCUUCGAGAGAUGCGGGAACUGGAUCGAGAGAAACUGAUGCGAUACGUGUAUUUUGGACAAGCAGCCUUAGUGAUUAUUGUUGCUUUAGCUUGGAUUGCUUUUACUAUUUUCGAUUUAGAUUCUGAGAAGGCUAACGAAAACGCAACUCGAAAUGAAUUUGCCAACGCAACACAAAAUAAAUCUUUUAUCCUUCCCGCACUAAUCAAUAAUACCACAAAUUCAAACAGGAAACCUUUGCCAUCAGUACCAGUAGACGAUAGAAUUUCAAACAGUACACCGUUGAAAGUCCCGUUAAUGGUAAACAAUGGUAUUGAUUACCCUAUUAAUGGUGAUUUCUGA